AUGGCGGCCGACAACGGGACGCCAAAUUUAACCAAGAAGGGUGUGGGUAAAUUUAAGUGCCUCCGUGAGCAGGACAAGUCUUCGCCUGCUCAAUUACCCCAAUCGCUUAGUUCGCAACCUAUGAAGCCCACGAAAUCGCGUGAAGAUGAUAAAAAUUUAGUCGCAGGAAGUGGAAAACUGCUGGAUGAUCCACAACUGAAAGUUCGGCUUCUCGACAUGAUUCGCCAGCGCAUUGCCAUCUUGAAUGCACACACUUUUUAUGUGCGGAAUCUGCCGCGGAGUACAUUGGUCUCCCUUUUGCGAUCGUUGUGUCCCACCUCAGUCAACGCUCAUUUGAAUCACCUGACAUUCGAUAGAGGAUGCAAAAGCGCUUUUAUCGUAUUCAAGACGGAAACGUCUACACGAGAAGCACAAAAUUCAAUACAUUUGGUCAAUGGCCAUUUUGAGGUGACACCCCCAUAG